GAGCGAGCGAGCGAGUCGAACCGCGGCGAGAGGUUCUUCUACUAGUGUUGUGGCGGCGAUCACGACCGCGACUUCGCCCGCCUGCAACCAAACUAAACCAAACCAAACGGCCCGCGGCCUCAGCGAUCGGACGGCCACGCGCCGCAAUUCGCUUCCGGUGCGGCGAAAAAAUCGGCGAUUUUUCCGGGGUGAAAAAAAUCGGCAACCACCGAUCAACCCCCCCUGUGUUCGAGGCUGACUGACGAUUCGAUCUAAGGGCUGGAUCGAUCGGCGAUCGGCAAACGAUUUGCCGAUUUUUCACCUACCGAUCGAAUCAGUGAUCGAAAAAUAUACGGUGUGUGGUGAUAUCGAGAUGAUUGGUCCGUCGAUGGAUUCGCCAGGCGAUCGGCUCGACUUUGACACGAGUCUGGGGAGAAACCAAACGGUUGUAAUGAUCGUGAGCGAAAUAAACCAUCCUCGGAACCAGUGAAACAACGCGUCCGUUAUAUUUGGGAUUGAGAAAACCGGGUAAUACAAACCGAAGCGAAAAUCAGUCUCAUAAAAAUGUGGAUUCUACUCAUCCUGCAAGCUGUUCUCGCGCAAGCUGCAGUUCGCAUCAACGAACCAGCUGUAAGAGGCAUUUAUACCCAUGGCGAAGCCAUUGACGACUUCGACGUCGCGACGCCGUACAAAGUGACCCCAAGUGGUGAACUCCUGUCUCACAACGUGACGCACCAUCACGACGAGGAUGGAGCUAAAGUUCACUACCGGAUGAUGGUUGCCGGGUCGGAGUAUCACCUCGACCUGAAACCUUCCCGCGGAUUCAUCUCCCCUGGGCUGACUGUCGAGCGCCGGAAGAGGGACGUCCACGUUAGACGGCCCCCGAGAAAUCAUGGAAGCAAGUGUCACUAUCGUGGCGUCAUUCGAGGACACGAGAAUUCUCACGUAGCAAUUUCCGCCUGCGACGGACUGACCGGCGUACUCCGCGGGGACCACGGGGAGUUCUGGAUGGAACCAGUCGCCGUUGGCUCCGGAGGUUGGGAGGCUUCGGCCCACGCGACGACGUCGACGGCGGCGUCGGGUCGCCCUCACCUCGUCUUUCGACGCUCAAAUCCCGCCCCCGCCUCCUCGGAGGUCGGCGCCAAAGCCGGUCAGAGGCGAAGGAAGAAAAGGAAGAAGAAACACGAAAAGAACUGCGGCACCCGCGAGCCAAGACGACUGACGGUAACACGAUUGGAAUGGCAAACGCAGCCUGGCCUGGUUCAAGUUCAGGGUCGAGGACGGCGAAAGCACCACCCCUCAAAGAAGUGGCAUCGUUUCAAGAGGUCCGUAAGCCGAGCGCGACACGUCGAAGCUUUGGUUGUCGCGGAUACCUCGAUGAUGGCCUUUCAUCAGGACGGAGAUGUCGAGACGUAUUUGCUGACGAUCAUGAACAUGGUUUCAUCCCUUUACCUCGACCCGACUAUCGGGAAUUUCAUUAACGUCGUGGUCGUUAGGAUUAUCCUGAUGGAAGAGGAUGAUGGCGAGCAAGGAUUAAACGUCACCGUCAACGCGGAUAAGACCCUCUACAACUUCUGUAAGUGGCAACAGAUGCUGAAUCCCGGCGAUGAUUCGCACCCUAACCACCAUGACGUCGCCAUCCUUGUGACCAGAGAAGACAUUUGUUCGAGGGCUAGCACUCCUUGCAGUACGUUAGGUGUUGCUCACGUUGCCGGUAUGUGUCAGCCAGACAGAAGCUGCAGUGUUAAUGAAGAUAACGGUAUCACCCUGGCACACACGAUCACUCACGAGUUGGGGCACAAUUUCGGAAUGUACCAUGACACAGAGAAGAUAGGUUGUAGCAGGAGGGACGGGAACACCUUACACGUGAUGACGCCAUCAUUUGAAGUGGACACAGUGGGUGUGGCUUGGUCGAGGUGUUCCAGGAGAGACAUCACCAACUUCUUAGAUCAAGGAAAAGGACAGUGUCUCGAAGACGAGCCAGCUGAUAACGACUACUCAUAUCCUGAGCUCCCUCCAGGUGCUAUGUAUAACGCAGAACAUCAAUGCAGACUCCAGUUUGGUGUGCGCGAAGCAGCUGUGUGUUCCCCUUUACAAGAGAUCUGCUCCAAGCUGUGGUGCGUUGUGGACGGAAUCUGUACAUCAAUGCUUCAUCCCGCAGCACCGGGGACAAACUGCGGAAGACACAUGUGGUGUCAAAAUCAGGAGUGCGUACCGAUCGUGAACAUGCCCAGUGCAAUUGAUGGUGGCUGGGGAGAAUGGGGUAAGUGGGAACCAUGUUCCAGAACAUGUGGAGCAGGUGUAUCAAUCAUGGAAAGAAAGUGCGAUCACCCGGAGCCAGCUCACGGCGGUAAAUUUUGCGUGGGUGAGAGGCGUCGAUACAAGAUUUGCAACACAGAACCUUGUCUCGAAGGAGCACCGAGCUUUAGAAGUGUCCAGUGUUCUGCUUACAAUGACAAGCCUUACAAAGGGAAAAAUUACACUUGGCUGCCAUACUUUGAUCAGAGUGAACCAUGUGAACUGUACUGUACUGAUACCGAUGAGAGCGUCAUCGUGCCUUGGGGUGAAUCUGCGCUAGAUGGAACUCCAUGUAAUGUAGGAACAAGAGAUAUGUGCAUUGCUGGUAUAUGCAAGAAGGUUGGAUGUGAUUGGGUCGUUGAAUCAGAUGCAACGGAGGAUCGCUGCGGGGUGUGUCAUGGUGACGGAACGCAGUGUAAGACAACCACAGGGCAGUACGACAAGAACGAAGGUCCCGGAUAUAACGAAGUGGUCGUCAUUCCGGCCGGAUCAAGGAACAUAAAUCUCGAGGAGAUUGGAAACAACAGGAACUACAUCGGCAUUGGUGUACCCAAGUCGGAAAAAUACUUUCUCAACGGGAAGCGGCAGAUCACCCUAGCUGGCGAAUACGAAGUUGCGGGGACUCCGGCUCUCUACGAACGGGACCGUGAGCGCGAGAAGGUGCGGAUUCCCGGACCAAUCAAAGAAGAUAUCGUUGUCUACUUAAUUUGCAGAGGUCAUUACCGCAACUUUGGCCUACGUUAUGAAUAUACGGUUCCAAAAGCCGAGCCGGACCGUGCCCCAGAAUAUUCCUGGGUAUUUUCGGACUGGUCGUUAUGUACGGUGACUUGUGGAGGCGGUUUUCAAAUUUCCAAAGCAUUCUGUCACGAAAGCAAGAGUGGUGUCGUUGAGGAGCACUUCUGCAAAGUUAGAAUCAAGCCUGAUCCGGUCACAAAGGAAUGCAACCAAAAACCAUGCCCUGCCAGAUGGUGGGUCGGGCCGUGGCAGAUGUGCACAGUGACAUGCGGAAUUGGAGUACGCAAAAGGUCGGUGAUGUGUGUGUCAUCUGGCGAGGGCGAAGAGAGUUCAGAUCUUGCGCUGCCCGAUGGCGAUUGUAACGGAGAGAUCCGUCCCGAGGAACACGAUGCAUGUCCGGCGCUCCCGACGUGUGAGGCGACCUCGGAGAUCCCGCUGAUAGUUUACGCGGGCAGCAAAGAGAACGCCUUCUACAACGUAACGUCGAACGAGAACUACGGUAUAACUGUGAUCAGCAGUCUAACUACUGAGAAACCGGAGAUCUUGGAGUUCGACAACGUCGUGGACGGAAACAAGGACAGCUCGAUGUACGACGCUAAGGCGAAGUGGACCGUCUCGGAGUGGAGCCUCUGUCAGUAUGGAAAACGUACACGGGAAGUGUCCUGUCCUGCUUCUGGAGGUUGCGACCCCUUAGCGAAGCCGGUUUCAGUGGAGGAUUGUCGGAUCGGGAAAUGGGUCACUGGAAAAUGGAAAUCCUGCAAUGCUACUUGCGCCUCCAAGACCGGCGUCAAAAGACGUAACGUUGAAUGUCGCGACAGAAUAACGAACUCGUUGGCCAAGGAUUGCAAUCCGGCGCGACGUCCACUGGGCAUUCGAAGGUGUAACAUGAGGAGACAGUGUGACUCACCAGUUCACAGUUGUAGAGACACUCUGGACUCAACGACAUGCGACAAGUACAGCCACAUGUGCAGCGUAUCCGUGCCACUCCGGGAGUCAUGCUGCGUAACUUGCUCCCAGGGGCGACGACACGUACGCCAUAAUCGACGUCAUUUGUCACGAGAGUAAUCCAGGAGAAGCUGGAACUGCUGCAGUCAGAUUCAGAGGUUGUGAGGUUCCCUCUUCGCCCGAAGAGACCAGUGACGAUGUGGAAGAGAACGUAGCUACCCAAUUCCGAGAUUAAACAAUCGAAUUCUGUCUUGUUCAUGUGACAAAGUGAAAGUGACUGAGUGCAUUUGAUUGGAGUAACUCGACGCGGUACUUAUUUGAUGAAACGACGUCGCUUCUAGAAGACGAAUUCAAAUCUCGAGUUGCUGGUAGUCUGGACAGUGUCAUUAGAGUACAAUUUCUCUUAUUUUUAAAAGUAACGUCUUAUCAAGCGACAUUUAAAGCGGCCGCGGUUAUUAUGUAGGGCAGAAUUAGUACGACAAAUACCUGCAGUCUUUGGCCAAGUGACAUACUAACUUUUUACAUUUAACGUUCUAGUUUUAGUUUGAUUCAAAGAUAUCGUUAACUUAAAUUCUGGCGAGUUAAAGGUGAACUUUUUAUCAGCUCUACUAUUAUGUGACUAAAAUGGAGAAAAGGCACCGAGUUUCGUAUUGGUUGCGGAAAAAUAGAAUGUCAAAUAAAGAGACACAAAACUCAUUUGCAAACACGUAAUGAUGAUAAAUUCCUGAUUAUUAUACUGAAAUGUUAAGUACUCAGCACUCAUCAUUUAUUGAGAGUUUGGGCUCAAAAAUUGUAAAUUUUGUUUUUCUAUUUCCUGUUCUGCUCAGACAUAGUCAUUUCCGGUACCAAUAAUCAGUAUAAUAGAUUUUUUUUAUGGAGGAAACAUAAUUUCUACGAAUAAAAUCUAUUUCUUAGCUUGAACAAAUCAAGGAAAUAGUAGUAUGGGUGAUUGAUAAUCGACAUUUGAAUAUAAUCUCAUUGCCAAGUAUCUAUCGACAAUCUGAGAAUAAAUAAUUAAUUAAAAUAAUUCAUUGCUAAUACACUUAUCCAUGGUUUAUUUGGAUUUACAAUUUUCACGUCACUGUGCGUGAAUUUCAGUGUUGAUACCUACUAAUUUUGAUUUAUACGUAAUUACUGAUAGUCUAAGUUACAAGUGAAUUAAUUAUAUUGGUUUCUAUCAUCCCGAGAAAAAAGCAUUUCAUUUAAAUCAAAUGAGUCAUUAUCAAAGGCUGGUUACUAAUGUUAUGUCGAUUAAAUAUCAUUUUUAGUUUCGAAGAGCAUCUACUAAUGCAUUUUCUAACCGAUAUGAAUGCAAUGUAUUAUAGUAUAAACAGGUACAUACGGAAUUGUAUGCCACGUCUUUCAAUAUCAGUCAAUUUUUUUUCCGCCGUCGGUAAUAAGACUCGGUUGGCUUUACCGGCUGGUUAUUAAGUGUCGGUAGCUAUAAACGGUGUACUUUUUCGAUAAUCUGGUCAGCUAUAGGUAAGAUAUCCGCUUCAGCGCAAGGUUACCAGUCAUCGGUAAAGAAGAAACCAUACGCAAUGUUUAUUUAAUCAUUCGGGCAUAAGUCUGUUUCUGCUACGAACUAGCAUUUAUCGAUGGAGUCACCUCAAGGUAUGCCUCGAAGUAAGAUCGUACACUCAUGAAACGAAAGAAUCGGCGUAUCAAACCGCGGAAACAGCCCAAAUCGUAGUCGAAAAAAUUUUAAUUGCACUGAGCACGUCGUUACAUUCCCGCUCUCGAAUGGUAUGAAGGGUUCAUACAACAAUCUGAAAACCUUCAUCUGAACGUAUCCUGGAGCUUAUGCUAAAAUGGUUUGUUAUAAUUCGUUGGUUCGUACUUUUUCUUCCAUGCGUUACGAACUUUGGUUCAGAAUAAUGGUCACUAACGAGCAUUGCAUGAGAUAACAUCUCCUCAAACAGCUCAACAGUGUGAAUUACCACCGACUAGUAAGAAGAUUAUUAAUUUUACGUUAUAAGAGAAACUAAAGCCUACAACCAGGAGUUUGGCUUUUUAGCUGAUUGGAACCUAUAUGUCAAUAAAUUUCAUGAUUCGCAGUUUUUGGACACAUUCUCAUUCCACAAAGUUUUGGUUUACAUUGAGAUUUUUCAUUCAUCAGAAUUUCUGGAAAUGAAUAUUGGUUGUCGGAAUAAGUAGAAAAUUAUUAAAUCUAAGAUUCAUUUGCAGGUCAAAGUCACCACUGGCCAAUGACUAGCAACUGCCAAACUGGAGGGUUUCGAAUUCAGCCAAAAUAUUUCAUGCUUCAAAAGUUCAAAUCCAAUGAAUUGUAACGAAUUGAUCGUCAUAUACAUUUGCAAUUAUUUAUUUUUUUUUUUUAACUGUAGUCAGUACGCGUUGUAUUAUCAGUUUCAUUGAUGAACCUUUACAAGCUAAUUUAAUAGCGAAUAUUUUGUUAGUUCAUUAUUCAAUGACCAGAAUAUUAUACCUUCUUCACUGAGAUGCGUGAAUUCCAAUUACUAAUCGUAACGCCACCAACCUUCUUACGCUCGCUAACCUAUUCUUAGUUUAAUCUGAUGAAUAUCUGCUGACUUUAAACAGACAUUUAUUCACCGAACCAUUUUUCACCCAAAAAAUUGUAAUCUCACAAAC